AUGGGUGCUGAGCAGAGCACGCCCGAGCACAACACCGGGACGCCUGAAAAGGAAGGCGCCGGCCUGCUUCUGAUCUGCAAGGAGAGGAACAAGGUGCUGCUGCUUCUCAGAGCACCCACCAGCGGGAACCCGAACACUUGGGGCGUUCCAGGGGGGAACAUUGAUCCGGGAGAGACCGCAGAGGCCGCUGCUGCACGUGAGGCGCGUGAGGAGAUGUCGACAGUGCCGGAGCACGACGUCCUCGGCAGCGUACUCACGCGAAGGGGCAAACGCUUGCAGAAGCACUUCACGCUGUUCGUCUGUGCCGUCAAGCCGGAGGCCGUGGACUCGUUCGAUCCGGUGCUGGACAAAAGCGAGCACACGGACUUCCGAUGGGCGGACAUAUCGGACGUCGUCAAGUCCGCCUUCGUCGACAAGCCGCUGCAUCUGCACCCAGUGCCAGCCAUUUGCGUCGGCAAGCACGGCCGCACAGUCUGGAAGAUGAUUGAUCCAGCCGGCGACGUCCCGGAGGACUGGAUGGCGCACGCGAGGGCGGAAUGA